ACCCGCCGCCAUUUUGAGCCGCGCCGCGUAGUGGCGGCGGCGCCGCUCGGCCGCCUCGAAACACCUCAAAACUCCUCAAAACAGCCCUAAAAUAUCCCUAAAAUGGCCCCGAACGCACCCAGACGCCGAGCUGGGGGAGGUGCGGGGCUGCGCGUGGGGAGGAGCGGGCCGGGCAGGCCGGGUCGGCGGGCUGAGGCCUGAGGCCUGCAGUGGCUGUGAGGAGCGGCCCCUGAGGGCAGCGCUGCAAGGACCUGCAGGUCCUGCAGAUAGAAAGCGAAGAGCCACGAAGCUCCCAACAGGGCGGCGAACAGCACGAAUACCAGCGGGCCCAGAGCGUGCUGCGGGGGGCGCAGGGAAGGCCAUCCCCACCACGAAGUUCCCGGCCCAAUUGGCAGCUCCAGCCAAGGCCACGGCUGCAGGUCGGGGUCCCUGAGGGAAGAGCUCUGCCGCCAGGAACCACGGGAUGGGACCGGGGCCCAACUCAAAGAAGGUGACAAAGAGGAAAACCCCCAGCAGGCUGACAGCGCCCGCGCCCGGGGAGUCCUGGAAUGACAAUGAUGACAACCGUGACGAUGAUGAUGAAGAUGAUGAUGAAGAUGACGAUGAGGAUGACGAUGAUGAAGGUGACAAUGACAGUAACAGCAAUAAGGACAACAAUGAGGACAAUAACAACGACGACGGCAAUGGGGACGACCACAACAACGACGAUGAUGGUGGUGGUGGUGAUGAAGAUGACAAUGCCAGCAAUGGUGAUGAGGAGGAUGAUGAAGAUGAUGAGGAGGAUGAUGAAGAUGAUGAUGAUGAUGACGAUGAUGAUGACAGCAAUGAGGACAACAAUGAGAACAAUAACAAUGACAACGACAACGAGGAUGACCACAGCGAUGACCGUAACCGUGACGACGAUGACGACGAUGAUGAUGAAGAUGAAGAUGAUGAGGAUGAGGAUGAUGAAGAUGAUGAUGAUGAUGAAGAUAAUGAGGAUGAAGAUGACAAUGACAGUAACAGCACUGAGGACAACAAUGAGGACAAUAACAACAACGACAGCAAUGGGGACGACCACAACAAUGAUGAUGAUGGUGGUGGUGGUGAUGAAGAUGACAAUGCCAGCAAUGGUGAUGAGGAGGAUGAUGAAGAUGAUGAGGAGGAUGAUGAAGAUGAUGAUGAUGAUGACGAUGAUGAUGACAGCAAUGAGGACAACAAUGAGAACAAUAACAAUGACAACGACAACGAGGAUGACCACAGCGAUGACCGUAACCGUGACGACGAUGACGACGAUGACGAUGAAGAUGAAGAUGGUGAGGAUGAGGAUGAUGAAGAGGAUGAUGAAGAUGAUGAUGAUGAGGAUGAAGAUGACCAUGACAGUAACAGCAAUGAGGACAACAAUGAGGACAAUAACAAUGACGACGGCAAUGGGGACGACCACAACAAUGAUGAUGAUGAUGGUGGUGGUGAUGAAGAUGACAAUGCCAGCAAUGAUGGAGAUGAUGAAGAUGAUGAAGAUGAAGAUGAUGACGAUGAUGAUGACAGCAAUGAGGACAACAAUGAGAACAAUAACGAUGACAACGACAACGAGGAUGACCACAGCGAUGACCGUAACCGUGACAACGAUGACGAUGAUGACGAUGAAGAUGAAGAUGAUGAGGAUGAUGAUGAUGAAGAUGAUGAGGAUGAAGAUGACAAUGACAGUAACAGCACUGAGGACAACGCUGAGGACAAUAACAGUGACGACGGCAAUGGGGACGACCACAACAAUGACGAUGAUGAUGGUGGUGGUGAUGAAGAUGACAAUGCCAGCAAUGAUGAAGAUGAUGAAGAUGAUGAAGAUGAAGAUGACGAUGAUGAUGACAGCAAUGAGGACAACAAUGAGGACAAUAACAAUGACAAUGACAACGAGGAUGACCACAGCGAUGACCGUAACCGUGACGACGAUGACGACGAUGAUGAUGAAGAUGAAGAUGAUGAGGAUGAGGAUGAUGAAGAUGAUGAUGAUGAUGAAGAUAAUGAGGAUGAAGAUGACAAUGACAGUAACAGCACUGAGGACAACAAUGAGGACAAUAACAACAACGACAGCAAUGGGGACGACCACAACAAUGAUGAUGAUGGUGGUGGUGGUGAUGAAGAUGACAAUGCCAGCAAUGAUGAAGAUGAUGAAGAUGAUGAAGAUGAAGAUGAUGACGAUGAUGACAGCAAUGAGGACAACAAUGAGAACAAUAACAAUGACAACGACAACGAGGAUGACCACAGCGAUGACCGUAACCGUGACACCGAUGACGACGAUGAGGAUGAAGAUGAAGAUGCUGAAGGCGCUGAGUGCGUACCAUGCAUGGCAGCCCCACGGCGCUCUCUCCCCAGGAGGAAUCGGGGGCUCUCAGGGCAGCGCGGCAGCAGCAGAGCCUGCAGGGCCGCCGGGCACAGCCCCAAUCCCAGCAGCAGCGGCCAGCGCCGCGCCGUCCCCAGCAGGGCUCCCAGGCCCAGCACCUGCGAGGGGAGACGGGAAUCCUGUCCUGUGGGGCGGAAUCCCAGCCUACGUGCCCUAAAGCCAUCCUAUGGGGGCAUAAUCCCAUCCUAUGGGGGUGGAAUCCCAUCCUAUGGGGUCAUAAUCCCAUCCUAUGGGGUCAUAAUCCCAUCCUAUGGGGGCGUAAUCCCAUCCUAUGGGGGCAUAAUCCCAUCCUAUGGGGGCAUAAUCCCAUGCUAUGAAGUCAUAAUCCCAUCCUAUGGGGCGGAAUCCCAGCCUACAUGCCAUAAAGCCAUCGUAUGGGGGCAUAAUACCAUCCUAUGGGGGUGUAAUCCCAUCCUAUGGGGUCAUAAUCCCAUCCUAUGGGGGCGUAAUCCCAUCCUAUGGGGGCAUAAUCCCAUCAUAUGGGGUGGAAUCCCAGCCUACGUGCCCUAAAGCCAUCCUAUGGGGGCAUAAUCCCAUGCUAUGAGGUCAUAAUCCCAUCCUAUGGGGCGGAAUCCCAGCCUACGUGCCAUAAAGCCAUCCUAUGGGGGCAUAAUCCCAUCCUAUGGGGGUGGAAUCCCAUCCUAUGGGGGCAUAAUCCCAUCCUAUGGGGUCAUAAUCCCAUCCUAUGGGGGCAUAAUCCCAUCAUAUGGGGGUGGAAUCCCAGCCUAUGUGCCAUAAAGUCAUCCUAUGGGGGCAUAAUCCCAUCCUAUGGGGGUGGAAUCCCAGCCUACGUGCCAUAAAGCCAUCCUAUGGGGGCAUAAUCCCAUCCUAUGGGGGCAUAAUCCCAUCCUACGGACGUGUAAUCCCAACCUAUGUCCCAUACAGCCAUCCUAUGGGGGCGUAAUCCCAUCCUAUGGGGUGGAAUCCCAGCCUACGUGCCAUAAGGCCAUCCUAGGGAGCAUAAUCCCAUCCUAUGGGGUCAUAAUCCCAUCCUAUGGGGCAUAAUGCCAUCCUGUAGGGGCGUACUCCCAUCCUAUGGGGGUGUAAUCCCUUCCUGCGGGGGUGUAAUCCCGUUCUAUGGGGUCAUAAUCCCAUCCUAUGGGGGUGGAAUCCCAUCCUAUGGGGUCAAAAUGGGUGAUUUUUGGUUAAAUGGGGGAUAUUUGGGGUGAAAAUGGGUGAUUUUGGGGUUAAAUGGGGGAUUUGGGGGUUGAAAA